UACCAGCUUGACAACGACGAAAACUGCAGUAUUGUACGAAGCCCUGGAAGCGACUCUUACUGACAGUCGUACUGUGACGGCAACGGGUUCACAACGCCAGUACGAAUAUUGCACACAGAUAUAGCACAGUGUGGUCACGGUCGCCACAGUCGUCCUAUAUCCAUACACAUGGCAUCGGCUAGCGAGCCACCGUCAUCAAGGAAGAGACUUGGUAGAAGACGGCUACCACCACUCGAGCCCGGGCCUCCCUUUCAAUUCGUUACUGCCAACCACCCAGACCAGUUUAGAGCUGGGAAGACGAUGCGGCACGUACGAUCCCACGUCAUGUACAAGCACCGGAUCGAAAGAAAGCCGACGCCAAACGAACGAACGAAUACAAAUCUUCAAAGGAGUGAAUUGGCACAUGUGUCGAGCACAUCAAGUCCGGGGCCAACUAGCCAGGGUGAAUACAGCAGCGAUCCCGACUAUCUCGCACCACAUCAUUCAAGGCCUCGCAGUAGCACCUGGACAGGAGACUCGCUACCUUCUACGCCCUAUUGUCCAAGUCCAGCCACACUGCGGAGUUUGAUUCACCAAAUCCUAACUUCGAGUCAAGUGGCGUACGCUCGAAGUGCUCCUCCGAUCUUCGAAGAUGCGUCAGCUUUCCCAUUUCCUGGGUUCCAUGGGAUGCACAGCAGCCCUAUCGAUGGUUUAAAACAACGAUACAUCGAAAGUUGCGGCCUCUUUGGAGAAGACAGGGAGUGGAUGCGCACCGUUUGCGCGGACCAGACAUCGUUCCUCAGCCAUGUCAGUGUAUCAAGCGUCUAUCAAGACCUAGCCGAAGGGUUCUGGCAGGACAGCGACAUGACCGUGGAAGUAAAAACACACGCUCUCAGUGCCAUCGCCGGCCAGCUCGAGUCCAACGAUGCGACAAUCCUGAGCAUACUGCAUCUGCUCCUGAGCGAAGUGGGCGGCGACGGGAUCGCGUUCAAGGUCCAUCAUCUGGGUCUACAAAGCCUCAUAAACAGGAGAGGGGGACUGAGCCAGCUGGGGACCCGACUGGCAACAUACAUAACACUGUAAGUCUCUCCAAU